AUGCAGCAGCCUGAGACCCAGCAGACAACUCAGCAAACAGCGACAGAAAUACUGGAUCCGACAGUUCAGUACCUGCGUCGGAGGAAAUCGGCUCUGUGGGUGACUGUGUCUCUGCUGGCUCUGUCUCUGCUGGUGCUGGCAGUGGGUCUCAUCUCUGCCACCCGCACUGACAAUGUGCCCGUGGCUGGAUAUUACCCUGGCAUCACACUGAGUUUCGGAGCGUUUCUGGGCAUUGUUGGCAUCCACCUGGUGGAAAACCGCAGACCCAUGCUCAUGGCAGCCAUCAUCUUCAUCAGUAUCGGAGUCAUCGCGUCUUUCUUCUGCGCCAUUGUGGAUGGGAUCAUCGCUUCAGAGUUCAUUGACAUUAGACCCUUGCAGGAGGACAUGUGCGACUUCUAUGCCAGUGGAUCGGGUUACGCCUACGACAGCUACUACACAGAGGUGACGUGCCGUUCAUUCGACAAAGCAUGCAAGCUGAAACUGAGGAGCAACACCUGCUACUGCUGCUACCUGUACAACUGUGAGAGCACAGAGUACCACACACAGUACUAUGAGUUCACUGGUGUCAGCAGCUGCUGGGAUGUGAUCCACUUGUAUCGUCUGCUGUGGGCCUCAGUGGUGCUCAACGUGAUUGGCUUGUUCCUGGGCAUUAUCACUGCUGCCAUCCUCGGAGCAUACAAGGACAUGAAGCCGACUCCUCAGAUGGCUCCCAGCCCGGCACCGCCACCCCACAUCCUGUACAACCCGACCCAGCACAUGCUCACCUACGCUGGCUUCUGUCCUUCAGGACAGACUCUGCCCGCCUACCCCAACUAUCCAAUACCAGUGCAGCAUAACAACAACUACCAGGCACCUGCUACACCCCAGCUAAUCCCUGAGGGAGGCCUUACCUCCACCUCCUGCCCGUCUGAGGAGAACCAGCAGCCCUCUCAGGCUCCCACCCAACCACAACCUCAGGGAGCCAACCAAGAACCAGGAGGCUUCAUGCUGACUCCCAACGCUCCUGUCCUCUAUGGAUCCUCCUACAGCCCCUUUGAGAAACCACCUCCUUACGCCUGCUGA